AGGAGAAGAUAAAAGAAUUGGAAGUGUUAGAAAAACCGAAGAAAUAAAUGGCGUUGAAGCUCAUCUAUCCCCAUCAAAUCCCAUCCGCUUCACACGUGCCUACUUCUUAUUCUUCUUCUUCAAUAUCAACAACGAUACUAACGACGAGACCACUCUCUUCUUCCAACAAAAGAAGAUCAUCCAAUUCCUUCACCAUUCAAGCUACUGCUGCCGGAGAAGAAGAAACAAGCAGCAACUCAAAACAAGCAUCAGCUUUAAUUGGGAAAGAAUAUUCUUUAACAAUUACUCGACUAAAGUCGGACAUUUACAACACUCUCCAAGGGAUCAAUAGAGGCAUUUUCGGAAUCCCGAGUGAGAAAAAGUCUGAAAUUGAAGAUAUAGUCAAACUUUUGGAGUCUUUAAAUCCAAAUCCACACCCAACUCUUCAUCUUAAUAAGUUGGGUGGAUGUUGGAAGUUGAUAUAUAGUACAAUAACAAUAUUGGGAUCCAAAAGGACAAAGUUAGGAUUGAGGGAUUUUAUCACUUUGGGAGACUUCCUUCAAGUUAUCGAUGUCGCUAAGGGGAAAGCAGUCAAUGUGAUCAAGUUUAAUGUUAGAGGGCUUAACUUGUUCAGUGGGGAGCUAAUAGUUGAGGCCUCCUUCAACGUUACUUCGAAAACAAGAGUGGACAUCCAUUACAGCAACUCAACUAUUGUCCCUGAUCAGUUGAUGAACAUGUUUCGUAAAAACUAUGACGUCCUUCUUGGGAUCUUCAACCCAGAUGGUUGGUUAGAGAUAACAUUUGUGGACGAUACCCUAAGAAUAGGGAGGGAUAAUAAAGGCAACAUCUUCAUAUUGGAGAGAUCAAAGGAAACCAAUCCCUGAGCCAUGUAUUCAUUAUUUUUCGAAACAAGUGUUUCUUGCAUGUUGUAAAUUUUUCACUAUAUCUAAAGCUGUAAAAUUCUUUGAUUUGUGGGUAUGGUAAAGUAAUUGUGUUUUAUUUA